AUGUCCAUACCGGCAUCCAUCCACUCAGCUGGGCGCUCGCUCCUCAAGGCAUGCGCUCAAGGCUCGCUCUCCAAUGUGAAGACUUAUGCUCCUCAGCUAUACACCACCGCUGGCAUCGACAAAAGGGCUGUCCCGCCUCUGCGGCUUGCUAUGGGAACCGCCGCCGAGAACGGCCAUGCCAAUAUUCUCCGCUACUUAUUAACUGAUAUGCCGCAAUGCCAACAAGCGACCGACGGCCCGUGGAGCCCACAGGACGAUAUCCAAGCGCAUGAGGUUCCCGAAGAAUGGCGGCUGUCAGUCAUGCUCCCCGACUUUGUCGUCCUGCGCACGAUAAGGGGGGCUAAACCAGCCGCUUUCCAAACACUCAUGGACUUCGGUUUGAGUGUCCACCAUCUAAUGGACAAAAUUGGAUCUCCUAUCACAGUCGCAAUCCGGCGGCAAGACCUAGAGAUGGUUCGGUUUCUGCUAAGCAAGGGCGCGGACCCAAACGAUCAGUACUGGACACCUAAUGACACUGUCCUGUCGCGCGCCGCAUACCUUCCGUCGUUGGAAAUCGUGACCCUCCUCCUCGAACACGGUGCAAACGUCCAGACCUCUCAGGCCCUCAUGGGUGCCGCGGAGAGCGGCCGCAUCGAUUCCGCCACCGUACUUCUCGAUCACGGUGCCGACAUCAACGAGGUCUUCCGAUAUCACCUGUAUGAUGAUAAUGACCCGAGAGACACGAUUGGUACAGCGCUGCACGUUGCAGUCAACCAUGGCCAGGAAGACUUUGUCCGAUUUUUGUUACGGCGAGGUGCGCGGACAGAUCUGGCAGACGGAGAAGGGUUCACUCCCCGUCAACUUGCAGGGGCGCAGGAGAGGACAGAGAUGGUAAAUUUAUUUAGAUAA